AUGGAGGCCACACCUCCUCCGUCCGAUUCACCGUCUAUAAAACCCAUAAACAAGUCCGUGGUCCACCGGAUCUGCGCCGGCCAAGUCAUCCUCGACCUCUCGGCCGCCGUCAAAGAGUUGGUCGAGAACAGCCUCGACGCCGGCGCCACCGCCAUCGAAAUCUCCCUCAAAGACUACGGCAAAGAGUGGUUCCAGGUCAUCGACAACGGCUGCGGCAUUUCGCCGGGAAACUUCAAGGUCCUUGCCCUCAAGCACCACACUUCCAAGCUCGCCGGAUUCCCUGACCUCCAGUCUCUCACGACGUUCGGCUUCCGCGGCGAGGCCUUGAGCUCUCUGUGUGCUUUGGGGAACUUGACGGUGGAAACCAGGACUAAGUACGAGCAGGUUGCUACGCACUUGAGUUUUGACCACUCCGGUGUGCUGGUGGCGGAGAAGAAGACGGCGCGGCAAGUCGGCACAACCGUGACGGUUAAGAAUCUGUUUGUGAAUUUACCGGUGAGGUGCAAGGAGUUCAGUCGCAACAUUCGGAAGGAGUAUGGGAAGCUUGUUUCUCUACUGAAUGCCUAUGCUCUUAUUGCAAAAGGAGUUCGGUUAGUUUGCACGAAUGCCAUAGGUAGAAAUGCAAAGUCUGUGGUGCUUAAAACGCAGGGAAGCGGUUCACUUAAGGAUAAUAUUGUGACAUUGUUUGGGAUGAGCACUUUCAGUUGUUUAGAGCCUGUGAGUAUAUCUGUAUCCGAUAGUUGCAAGGUUGAAGGGUUUCUUUCCAAGUCAGGACAGGGUAGUGGUCGGAACAUGGGAGACAGGCAGUUCUUUUUUGUGAAUGGCCGACCUGUGGAUAUGCCUAAAGUUACAAAGCUUGUGAAUGAGUUGUAUAGAGGGGCAAACUCCCAGCAGCAUCCCAUUGCCAUAUUGAAUUUCACUGUUCCGACAAGAGCGUGUGAUGUCAAUGUUACUCCUGAUAAAAGGAAAGUGUUCUUUUCUGAUGAGAGCUUUAUACUGGUUGCCUUAAGGGAGGGUCUGCAGCAGAUAUAUUCCAGUAGUAAUGCUCGUUACUCUGUUAAUAAACUGGAGGAGCCUGCCAAAGAAGCAGGCAGGUCUCAGUUUUGUUCACCUGAUCAAAGGUCACAUAUGUUUCUAAAACAAUCAUCUAUAGAUUCUGUACCUAAAGAAAUUAGUCCUGAGGAUCACUCUCCAGAAGGUGAUGCACCUCUGAAAGUUGUGGAAACUGAUUCUGAACCUACUCAUGAUGAAGAAGGGUUUAGCCAAGAAAAUUCAAUGUGGAAGGAUAGCCAUGAAAAUUCAAUGGGGAAGGAUUUCGCUUUAAGAGUACACAACAUUAAAAAGGCCCAUGGAACUAGUCAAUUGACAAAGAAUCUCACUAGUAUGAGAGCUGAUCGAAUUGCAGCAAAGGAAGAUUCAUAUAGUCGCCCAAGCUCUGUACAAGCAUCACUUAAUGAGUUUGUAACUGUAACUAAAAGAAAGCAUGAUAGUAUUAGCCCAGUCCUGUCUGAAAUGCCUGUCCUGAGGAACCAAAGUCUUCAGUGUCAAUCCAAGACUGAUUUACCUGAUGCUGUUUCAAAACCCCCAUUUAAUCAUGACCGGAUCGAUGAUUCUACUGAAGUUGAUAAUUCUUCUGAAGUUUGUGUGGAUGAGCCAUCCAAGUAUCUUAGAGCAGAUAGGAUCCACAACAAAGUUAGAGUUCCAGUUUCUCCUGGAGGCAAGAAUGAGGGUGAAAGACUUGGAGAAGCUCAACAGGAAACAGUGCCUCUUGCUGAUAUGACACCAACUGCUUCACCUAGCAGGGAUAUAAAUCUGACUGAAGAUCUUCCAGCUGCAUCACCUUCCUCAUGUGUAUUGUUGAAUACUCCAAAGCCUUCUUCUGAUCUUAUGAUGUGUUCAACCUUAACAUUUAGUUUCCAAGACCUAAAGACAAGGAGGCAGCAAAUAUUUUCUAGAUUGCAAUCAAGCAUGCCUGGAGUAAAAGCACAAAGCAGGUGCUAUGCAGCUGCAACACUGGAGCUUUCUCAACCAGAAAAUGAGGAGCGGAAGGCAAGGGCCUUAGCUGCAGCUACCAAGGAGUUGGAAAGACUUUUCAGAAAGGAAGAUUUUGGUAAAAUGAAGGUGAUUGGGCAAUUCAAUCUUGGCUUCAUCAUUGGAAAGUUAGAUCAAGAUUUAUUUAUUGUAGAUCAGCAUGCAGCUGAUGAGAAGUACAACUUUGAGCGUCUGUCACAAUCUACCAUCUUAAACCAACAGCCUUUGCUUAGGCCGUUGAGGUUGGAGUUGUCUCCUGAAGAAGAAGUUGUUGCUUCAAUGCACAUAGACAUAAUCAGGAAAAAUGGAUUUUCUUUGGAAGAGGAUCCACAUGCUCCACCUUGUCACCAUUUUAAAUUGAAAGCUGUUCCCUUCAGCAAAAACAUAACUUUUGGAGUUGAAGAUGUUAAGGACUUGAUUUCCACUCUUGCUGAUAGUCAUGGGGAAUGUGCAAUCAUCGGUAGUUAUAAGAUGGACACUGUUGAUUCUGUUUGCCCUUCUAGAGUUCGAGCAAUGCUGGCAUCACGUGCAUGCAGAUCAUCUGUUAUGAUUGGAGAUGCCCUUGGAAGAAAUGAGAUGCGGAAGAUUCUUGAGCAUCUGGCAGGUCUGAAGUCUCCUUGGAAUUGUCCUCAUGGCAGGCCAACCAUGCGACAUUUGAUCGACUUGAAAACCAUACGCAGGUCUGAAGAAAACGAUGAAGCAGAGUCUUGAUGGAUCUUCCGAACCUUUCGAGGCGCUUAACUUAUCCUGUAUAGACCUCACGAGUUUGUGAUAACAGUAACCCCUGCCAAGUCCGGCACACUUGUGUACAUAUUAUAUCUGAGGCUUGGGCAGGUCCUCUGUAAAUGUUUUAACCCUGUGCGGCCCCGAGUGUUGGAAUUUGUAUGGUCUGCGGAUGCCGGAGACUUUCAACUCUUCUGUCACUUUUGCAUUGGACAGUCCCACAAAUCAGUAUUUGGAUUUCGUUACGCCUCG